AUGAUGCCGAGUGAGGGUAGUGAUGUUAUGAGUGGUUUAGGUGAGGGUAAUGGGAAUGAUGGAUCAACUAAGGACAAUGUGAAUAAUAGUUGUUAUAUUGAGGGUAGUAUGGAUGGUAGUUGUUAUGCUGAGGGCAAUAUAGACACCGGUGGUGCUACUAAGGGCGAUGUGGAUAAUGGUUGUUAUGUUAAAGACAAUGUAGAUAGUGGUUGUAAUGUUGAAGGCAAUGUAGGCAAUAAUAGUGUCUGUCGAGGGAAAUAUAGUGCUUAUGAGGGCAAUGUGGGUAGUGGUGAUGCUGCUAAGGGCAAUGUAGGUAAUAGUGGUGCCAUUGGGGACAAUAUAGGAAUUGGUGGUUAUGGUGAAGGAAAUAUGGCAGCGAUCAUGGUGAGGACAAAAUGGGUAGUAGUGGUUAUGAUACGGAUAAUUUGGACGAGUGGUGAUGCUAUCGAGGUUAAUGUAGGCGGUGUUAGUGCUUGUGAGGGUAAUGUGGGCGGUGGUGGUCAUGGUGAGGGCAAUAUGGACAAUAAUGGUCAUGGUGUAAAUAAUUUAGGUCGUAACGAUGAUAACAUAAGUAUAAAUGAAAAAGACAUUAAGGAGGCGAGUAUUGGGUUGAUAUUAAUUAUUUAA